ACAGAACUGAGAGAAAUCAGUGGACUGCUAACUCUCUGAAGGAGAAGCUGAAGGGGAAGGACAUUACAAGAUACAUUUCAACAAACAUAAAGGAGAGGCCACUACAAUUCAUCACAGAAAUGGAGACCAUGAAGAGUGCAAGGAAAAAUGACACCGAAGAAGUUGGCAGUGAUUUAUCAGAGCAGAUCAAAGCAAUUACAAAGGACAGCCAUGUCCGAGCUGAAAACACACAGCUGAUGUUGAAUUACCAGAAGGGACAGAUCAGCCUGAGAGAGUACAAGCUCCUGUUGUGUUCCUUGUAUGAGAUCUACAAAGCGCUGGAAGAGGAGCUGGACAGGAAUGCUUCACAUCCAGGUGUCGCACCGAUUUAUUUCCCUCAGGAACUCGCCCGUCUUGAGUCCCUGGAGAGAGAUCUGGAGUACUUCUUUGGCCCAGACUGGAAGAAAAAAAUAAUUGUUCCCGCAGCCACACAGAGAUAUGAGCAGAGACUUCGACAGAUUGGCAGAGAGAACCCAACGCUGCUGGUGGCCCACGCCUACACCCGUUACCUUGGCGAUCUAUCAGGAGGACAAGUGUUGGGGAAAAUUACGCAGAAAUCUAUAGGACUGAGUGGAAAAGAGGGGCUUUCAUUUUUCUUGUUCCCUGGUGUGACCAGCCCCAACCGCUUCAAACAGCUGUACCGUGGCAGGAUGAACAGCAUUGACCUGACAGAGGAGGAGAGGAAAGAUGUGCUGGAGGAGGCCGUCUCAGCCUUCGAAUUCAACAUCCAGGUAUUUGAUGACUUGCAGAAAAUGUUGAGUUUCACAACAGAAACAGCCACCCAACCAAAGUCCCACAGACUCAACCUCCCAGCUGCCAUGAUCCCAUCUUCACCCAUCAUGCAGUUCACCAUGGGGAUGUGUGUUGCGCUGGCCACUGUCGGAAUGGGAAUCUAUGCUUUGUAGCUGCUUUUACCAGCACUUUAUUCCCAACUGCAAACUCUUGCUUAACUGUAUAAAUAUAUGUACUACUGAAAGGCACAUAAAGCACUUUACUAAUUACUUACUGUGAUGCAUGUAAUUGAGUAAAAUUAUAAUCAUGACUGAAAUGAGACUAAUCCAUCAACUACCAAUUUAUACUGAAAAACUGCUGUCAUUUGAACAUUUUUUUUCCUCGAUUGUGGUAUCAUUUGUAAAUGAAAUUUAUUAAACUUCUAAA